CUGUAAAAUUUUAUUAAGUUAGUUUGCCAUUCACAGUAAUCAUAACAAAAGUUGAUUUAAUUUUUACUCCAAAUUCUUAAUUUUUACAAAUAUUAAUAAACAAUGCUGUCUUCUUUGUUACUACGUGGCGCUGCUCGUGGCAAUGCUGUGAGUCUUAUCAAGUCGGCGCGGAUUACUCCACUAAAGGCAUACUCCACUGUGGUGGCCAAUGCGCAGCGCCAGGCGUUGGCCAAGCCUCUGGCCCUAACCCAGAAAGUAACGCCAGUUGCUAUGCGUGGUAUUUCAGUGAGCGCUCCGAAAAUGGCCUCAGCUGGAACCAACCACACAAGUCUGUGGACAAUUGAACGCGUUGUGUCCGCUGGACUCUUGGCUGUGAUUCCUGCUGCCUUCCUGGCUCCCUCCCAGGUAUUGGACGCACUCCUGGCAGUGUCUGUGGUUAUACACACACAUUGGGGCGUUGAAGCCAUGGUCGUCGACUAUAUGCGUCCUGCCGUUGUUGGCAAUAUUCUGCCCAAGGUUGCUCACAUUGCGCUCAUUAUAAUAUCAGUGGCUACCUUGGGAGGACUCUUCUAUUAUAUUAAAAACGAUGUGGGUCUGGCGAACGGCAUUAAACGCUUCUGGGCCAUCAAGGGCAAGGAUUCCGAGAAGGCUUAAAUGUCAAGCGAAACAUCUCCUUAUUUAUUGUGGGUUCCAUAUAUUAAGCAACUUAUUUGGACUCGACGAAUGCUUAAUAGUUAUUAGCACUAUAUAAAUAAAAACUAUAUAUGUAUAUGUAUAUAACAAAAAAAAA